AUGGGUCCUGCCCCUCCGACCUCUCGCCUCGUCAACGCGGCGACCUCUCAGCUUAGAAGAGCUGCUGCCGGCCGUAUAGGAGGGACGACGUGUCGGACAGCUUUGUCCAGCUGCUUGGGAUUCUCUUUUCCAAUAUGCAGGCACCCUCGGGGACUCCCAGUCCGGCUGUUGUCGACGCUCCCCUCGUCGCCCAUCUUCGCCGCCAUCGCCAACCACGACCCGAAGUCUGCUGCGGUCAUCCACAGCGCCUCCGACCGGACAUUCUGCUACGGCAGUCUCCUACAUGACGUUGCUGCGGCAAAGGAAAACCUCACCGCUCUCGCUGGAGGGAGAUCUCUGGCGGGUGAGAGAGUAGCUUUUCUGGCAGAAAACGGAUAUGACUAUGUGGUAACGUUCCUCUCGAUCCUCUCGCACGACGCCAUCGCCCUCCCGCUGGCGCACACGCACCCGAGCUCAGAGCUGCGCUACAUCCUCGAGAACAGCGAAGCCACGCUGUUCCUCUCCACGGAGAAGUUCCAGGAAAAGGCGAAAGAGGUGGUGAAAGAGGGACUACUCAACCAUGCCCCGAAGCUGGGAAUCCUCUCCAAGAUCGAGACCGGAGCACGGUCCGCCGAGAACGUCCAGUUGAGCUCUCAGACCUUGGAGCGUGGCGGGUUCAUGCUGUACACGUCCGGGACCACCAGUCGUCCCAAGGGCGUGGUUCUAUCUGUGGCCAACAUGACGGCACAGUCCAGGUCGUUGAUCGAAGCGUGGAAAUACAGCUCCUCGGACCUGCUCCUCCACCUUCUCCCGCUCCAUCAUAUCCACGGCACGAUCAACGCACUAUAUACUCCGCUCAUGGCCGGCGCCGCCAUCGAGUUCGCGUACCCAUUCAAUGCGGACACGGUGUGGAGGCGUCUUGCUGCACCGUUCCUGCCUGACUCCUCCUCUUCAUCACCAGACCAGAAGAAGAGGCCGAUAACUUUCCUCACCUGCGUCCCGACGAUAUACAGCCGCCUCCUGGCAACUCAUUCCUCCCUCUCGCCAGAAAUGCAGACCGCGACCCGCACAGCGAUCACCCCUCGCUAUCUCCGGCUGAACAUAUCUGGCUCUGCAGCCCUCCCGACACCAAUAAAACAAGCCUGGACCGAGCUCUCUGGUGGCAAUGUCCUCCUCGAACGUUACGGAAUGACCGAGGUUGGCAUGGCGUUAUCAUGUGGACUGGCGUUUGAGGAUCGUGUCGACGGUUCAGUUGGGUGGCCCUUACCGGGGGUCGAGAUCCGACUCGUCGAUACCGAGACAGGCACCGUGAUCAAAGACGGCGACGAAGUGGAUGAAAACGGUCAACCGCGCGAAGGAGAAAUCCAGCUCCGUGGUCCGACUGUUUUCAAGGAGUACUUCCGUAACCCGUCCGCGACCGCGGCAGAAUUCGUUGAGUCUGAGGACGGCAAAGGAAAUUGGUUCAGAACUGGCGACGUGGCAAUCCGCCAACUCCUCCCGGGAACCGGCAACAGCGAGCAACCCUGGGCCCACGGGCCGAUGUACUUCAUCCGCGGCCGCAAGUCUGUCGACAUUAUCAAGACCGGGGGAGAAAAGGUGUCGGCGCUGGAGAUCGAACGAGAACUCCUCGCGCUCCCUGAGAUCGCCGAGGCCGCCGUGGUGGGCAUCCCGAACGAGCAAUGGGGCCAGAAGGUCGCGGCGGUCGUGGUCCUGAGCGACAAAGGGACGAGCGGCGGCCGCGGCGGCAAGCCGUGGGGCGUGAUGGACAUGCGUCGCGCCCUGAAGGAUAAAUUGGUCAACUACAAGAUCCCGCAGGAACUCAAGGUCGUGGAGAGCAUACCCCGGAAUGCCAUGGGGAAGAUCAACAAGAAGAUGCUCGUCAAGCAGGUCUUUUAG